GAAGGAAUAGCCAAAAACAUAUCAGGUAAGCUAUUUGAUAACGAAGGACGUGCGUCAACCUUGUAGUCAACAUGGAUGACGUCACGGUUCAAAGGCGACGGAAUCAUCAUCGGUUGCUUCACUCUCGUGUUAUGGAUCUACCGCCGAGCCAACGACCCAUUUCGGCUGGUUUAAAUUCGUUAAUGGUCGCUUGUCAACAAGGCUUGGAUCAUGAAGUUAAAGCUAUAUUACAGAGGAAGCCUUCGCUGAUUAUCGGACACGAUCGUACAGGAAAGACUCCUCUUCAUUACUGUGCAGAAAACAGAACUUUGGCAUGUGCUGAAUGUAUAUUGACUGCUGAUCCUACUUUAAUAAAUGUUCAAGAUGAGGAAGGUUAUACUGCUUUGCAUCUAUCAGUUAUUAGUGGCAAUAAAAUGAUGACGAAAUAUUUAAUUCGGAAAGGAGCCGAUAUUAACUGUGUUGAUAACGAAAAGCAUUCUGCUAUCCACUGGGCUACGGUUUGUGGAGAAUUGGCAUGUUUGGAUAUCCUAAUGGAAGCUGGAGCUUUUCCUUCCACGCCAGAUAUUCAUGGAGCAUAUCCCAUACAUUAUGCCGCUCAGAUGUGUGGUCCUAAUAGCGAAAUGGGAAACGAUGUAAAGAUCGGAUUAGCAGCCCUUCGAAAACUAUUGAGUUGGGGUGUCGAAGUCGACGUUAGCGAUCAAGAUGGCCGUCAACCACUUCUAUGGGCAGCUAGUGCAGAGACCAGAACUAGUAAAACAUACUGUCCUUCAGGCAGCAGCGAUGCAAUCCUCGCACUGGUGAAUGCCGGAGCCAACGUCCAUGCUGAAGAUAAGGAUGGACUCACAGCUCUUCAUUGUGCAGCCAGUCGAGGACAUAACGACUGCAUCGAAACCUUAGUAACAUUAUGUGGUGCUGAAGUUGAUAUCAUUGAUAGUAAUGGGUGCACAGCUCUUUUUUAUGCUGUCACUCUCGGUCAUGCAGACUGUACUCAAUUGUUGUUGAAAUAUGGGGCAGAACCAAAUCGCCAAGAUCGCAAAGGAAGAACACCUGCUCAUUGUGGUGCUGCUAAAGGACAACUGGAAACUUUAAAAAUAUUAUCAAAAAAUGGAGCUAAUUUGUGGAUUAGAAAUAUCAGAGGUGAUGUUGCCCUGCAUGAAGCAGUUCAAUCCGGAAGAAAAGAUUUAGUUUAUUGGUUACUCGAAUCACAACCCCAUGCAGUCAACAUCUCUAAUAGCAAUGGGCGUACUUCGCUUCAUGCUGCUGCAAUAAGUAACAAUAUAGAAAUGUGUAAGGUAUUAAUGGAUUGGGGUGCCUUCAUUAAUCCUAUUAUGCGAAAUAGUAAGGGACAAUUAAUGACACCGCUGGAUGCUGCCAUUUAUUGUGGAAACAGAGGUUGUGCAAAAUAUCUUCAACUCCAUGGAGCCAUUCCAGCUAGUAAAUUAAUUGAAAAAGAUGAUUAUUCUAGGUAUUAUAUAAAUGGUAUUGACUUGAAUGGACGUCCCUAUUCUGUAUUGGAUGAUGGUAGAAUAACACCAGUCAGUGAUCGUUUAGAGAGUGCAGUUCAAACUGAUGUUUUAAGAUCUGAACUGAGAGAUGCCAAUGUUCAGGUACAUCUACCCCAAAAUGAAGCUAAAACAAAAGAAAAUGAGUCUAUGGUUACUCAUGUUUAUGUGCAUGCAAAUGAAGAAGUAAAUAAAGAAGAAAAUAUAGAAAUAAAUAAUUUGAAAAGUCAUAAAUCAACUGAAAAUGAAGAUGAAGGAAAAACUAUUGAGGUACAGAUUCAUAGAAAUAAAGAAUUAGAUAAUAAUGAUGAAAACAAAGAAUCAAAUUUAAAUUCUGUUAGUAAUGAUAAAAAAGGAAUUCUCAUUCCUGAAGAUUCAAUAAAGAAAAAAUCAAUUAAAAAAAAAUUAAGAGUUUAUGUACCUGAAGGAGUUGGUGAAGUUAAAGUGAUACAGUUUCCACUUUCUGAAGAAGCAGAAAAUUCUAAUUCUAAUAAAGUAUUAUCAAAAGUUAAUUCUCUUUCACCACUUUCAAGUUCAGAUACCACUGUUAAAGAUUCUGGACUUGGUGAGGAUGUAGAGAAGAUUGCAUAUUCAGAAAACAGUGAUCAACAUGAUGUACUUAAUGAUAUGUAUAAACCAGUUCUAUUAGAGAUUAGAAGGAAAAGAAAGACUAGAAAAAAGUUGCCUGAUGUCAAACUGGAAGAAGAGCAAGAAGAAAUGCCAAGAACAAUUCAUGAAAGAAAAUGUCAUAUUCCUGGAAGAGAUUAUAAUAAUACAAUGAUGGGAAAGUUAGAUUACAGUCAGCUUCCUGGUAAAUCAGAUUAUAGCCAUAUCAAAGCAAGAGUUAAUACUCGAAGAUCAACUAAUAAUCAAAACAUUCCUGUUAUGGAAAAACUACAAAAUUCUGGGCAGAAAAGUAUGGCAUCACGUAGUAUUACUCAACAGAUUCAACAGAGUUUAAGAAAAUAUCAAUUGGAAAGGAAAUUGUUUCAAGAAUUACAAGAAUUGAAACAUCAUCAAAUUCGAAGUGGAAGAGCAAAUGAAAGUAUAGUUGUGAAAAGACUAGUGGAGAGGUAUCGGAGAGAAGUUUUAUUACCUGGUAUGCGAGACUUUGAAGGUCCUUAUACAUAUAAAGCUUUUGAGAAAUAUUUGUAUGAUCAGCUUAGAUUAUUAUCAUCAUCAAAUCAUGGAAAGGUUCCAAGAAUAAAAACAGUUGUCCAGAAAUCUCUACAACCAUAUACAAUUAUAGAGAAUGAAUCUGCAUAUAGCUGUACAUGCAAAACUCAUCGAUGUAAUCAUGCAUCACAAGCUUAUUCUGGAAGAACAAAUAAACUUUCAUUUCCGAAGCCUACAGCAGUUCGUCAGAAUUUGCUUCCAGCUAUUUCUCCUUCGUCAAGUGUUCCAAGUGAUAAUUCAGUAAUAAAUCAGGAGCAGUCUUCUAAUCAACAAACAAAAUCUUUUGAAAAUAUUGCACUUAAAAAUCAAUUGUUACAUCAAACAAGGUCAAGAAGCCUCGAUAGAUUCACUCACCGAAAAGAAAAGCCGGGAGUUUCUCUUCGGCAUUCCAAAUCAGACAAUCUACCAUCAUAUAAACAAGAUAUAGAAUCACUUAGAGAAUUCUGGAGAAGAAAAAAUGAAGACACAAGAAAUAUGUUAAAACAGGAGAGGGAAGAAAAAUCAUUAAAAAAUGAUGAUAUUCCCAGAUCAGUGUUAACAGCAGUAGCAAGAGGUCUGUCUAGAGAUUCAAAUCCAGAUGAUUCAGUUGUUGUCAACAUGAUGUCAGAAGAUGAUUCUUCCAAACUCACACAGACUUAUACAGUGCAGCAACUGAAAUCAAUGUUAGAGGAAGAUAGUAAAAAGUUACCAAAUUUUGAUCCUGAAUAUAAUGGGCCUGUAACUUUUGAGGUUAAACACGGAAAAGAAAAAAAUGUGUUCCAAUUACCAGCCGAUAAAUUGAAAAAUAACAAAAAAUGGCAGGUAACAUUUACGAUUGGAAAAACAGAAAUAGAUAAUACAGAAGAAAAAAAUGAAGACAAAUAAUUGUUUGACAAUCAAUUCCGAUAAAACAAUUAUCAUUAAUACUAUUGAUAUCUUACAACAUAAUUAUUUAAGAUAAUUUUACAUGCUGUGAUUCAAACUAUUUUUAUAGGAUCAACAAGAUGUUUGAUCCAAUUGUAAAUAUAUUUUUCU